UUUGGACUACCAACUGACUGAGUUCCGUAUUAUAUUAAGCCUCUCUUCCCUAGGCAACAGGCCCGCCCACUCUCCCUUCCUUUCUUUUAAUUAUUUCUUCCACCUUGACCCUGCUUCACAAGGGCUUGCUAGUUUCAAUGGCCAUUUCUCUAUCCAAAACCUUUCUCUCUAUCAACCGCCAGCUUGAUCACGUUUUGCCAUCUGAAAAAUGCUGUCCAUUGUCUUUUUCAGGCCAGAAAUCUCACCUUGGACGUACCAAAAGUAUAGACUUUGCAACAGGGCGGCUUAGAAUUCCAAGAGUUUUUUCCAAAGCAAGUGAGUCCUUGUCCUCCACCAUCAAUGAACUCGAAAAGGAAAGAUUAACAAAAGAAGAAGAAGAAGACCUUGCACCUGGUCAACAAGAAGAAAGACGAGUAGCCGAUGUAUGGAAAGAAAUCCACGGCCAAGACGAUUGGGUUGGGAUGUUAGAUCCAAUGGACCCUCUUCUACGCUCAGAGCUGAUACGAUACGGCGAGAUGGCACAAGCCUGUUAUGAUGCUUUCGAUUUUGAUCCAUUUUCCAAAUACUGUGGAAGCUGCAGAUUCGCGCAACGUCAAUUCUUUGACUCCCUAGGCAUGGCGCACCAUGGCUACCUGGUCUCUAGGUACCUCUUCGCAACAUCCAACAUUAACCUUCCGAAUUUUUUCAAGAAAUCUCGGUGGCCUAAAGUGUGGAGUAAGAAUGCUAAUUGGAUUGGAUACGUCGCGGUUUCGAACGAUGAAAUGUCCAAACGUUUAGGCCGUCGUGACAUCACCAUUGCUUGGAGGGGCACCGUGACACGCCUGGAGUGGAUUGCAGAUUUAAUGGAUUUCCUCAAGCCCAUUUCUUCUAAUAAAAUCCCGUGUCCGGAUUCAACAGUAAAAGUAGAAUCAGGUUUCCUAGAUCUCUACACUGACAAGGACGAGAAGUGCCUGUUCUGCAAGUUUUCAGCCAGGGAGCAGAUAAUAACGGAAGUAAAGAGGUUAGUUGAAAUGUACCAAGAUGAAGAGAUUAGCAUAACCAUCACUGGUCACAGCUUAGGCAGUGCCCUGGCAAUUCUUAGUGCGUACGAUAUUGUUGAAACGGGUCUAAAUGUAUUGCAAGAUAGCAGAGCUGUGCCCGUGAGCGUCUUCUCCUUUUCCGGUCCUAGGGUUGGUAACGUGAGGUUCAAGGAACGGAUCGAAACGCUUGGAGUUAAGGUGUUGAGGGUGGUGAAUGUGCAUGACAUAGUCCCUAAAUCGCCAGGAUUGUUCUUCAAUGAAAACGUGUCACCAGUGUUGAUGAAGCUGGCUGAGGGAUUGCCGUGGAGUUACUCGCAUGUUGGAGUUGAACUGGCAUUAGAUCAUAAAAACUCGCCUUUCCUGGAAGACACUGGGGAUCCCACUUGUGCACAUAACCUGGAAGCUCACUUGCAUUUGCUUGACGGAUACCAUGGUAAAGGCCAUAGAUUUGUGCUGGCAAGUGGUAGGGACCCUGCUUUGGUGAACAAGGCCUGUGACUUCUUGAAAGAUCAUUACUUGGUUCCACCGUAUUGGAGGCAAGAUGAGAACAAGGGCAUGGUGAGGAACAAGGAUGGCCGUUGGAUGCAGCCUGAAAGGCCGAAAUUUGACGAUCAUACUGAAGAUACACUCCACCAUCUCAGGCAAUUAGGCCUAGCAUCGGAGCAUUAGAAAGUAUAAUUAACAAGGCAAUAAAUUUCUUGUUUACAUUAUAGUACUGCUAGUGAUGGCAUUGGUAGAUCAAAGCAUCAAUUUCUGGGCUUUCUGAAGCUAAGUUCGGGCGUCACAGCAACCAAUGUUAAGAUCAGAAGUUCAGAACUGGAGUGUAGGGUCAUCCUCUUGUAAUUUAGGCUGUUAUAGCUGACAGAAUUUAUGUAAGGACAAGUACAUAUGUGGAUUCCUUGAUACCGUCUCUGCUGGCUACUUAAACUUGGAUGAAUUGCGAAUACUGUUGUAUUA